CGUGUUGUAAGCUCUCAUAAUCAAGCUAGCAAUGUCAUUAGAGAAAGAUUUAAGAAGUUUUAGGUAUGACAGUGAAGCCAGGGCGAGUCCAUAGUUAUAAUGUAUCGGAUCAUAAUGGCAGUGGUAGUGUGGGUGUGUGCGCAGGCGCAGUGGUCGCCGGACAGGUUCCCGUCGGUGUGGGAGAGGGAAGCCUGGCAGGAGAGGGAGAUGGAGCUGCUCAUCAAGAACAUGACCCUUGAAUUGCUAGAUGAUGUAACCCAAAAGCUGACCAUGGCGGACAAGGUGCGUGAGAUCCACCAGAAGAGCAUCACGUUCGAGCUGGGCGCCAUCGCGGCGGGCGUGAUGGAGCGGUACUGGCAGAUGAUACACAUAUACAAGACCUACGCCGACCUUCAGACCUUCACGGCCAAUACCUAUUACACGAGGACGAUGUACGACAAGUAUGCGAGUAUACUGGCAUGUGUGUUGGUGACGCCGAAGCGGUUCGACACGGCGCUGGUCCUGGAGGGCGUGAGUGAUGACGUCAUCAUGAGCCUCAACGACACCACAGCCAAAAAUUUAACCGUCGAGGAGUUGAGGAACAGUGCUCGGGAGUCAACCCUGGGGUUGCAGCUGGAGGGGGUGCCGGACUACCGCCGCCGCUUCGGCUGGAGGAGGGACAGGAUCCGGAGCUGUUACUCCAUCAGCAGCAUCAACUUGGGAGCCGUUUACGACCUGCGAGACUACUUCCAAAUGAGGAUCCUUUACUCCAACACCCUGGAGUACGAGGUCGGCUACCUCACCCACGAGAUUAUUUACAAGUAUGGCCUUAUUCUCGAGAUGUACAAACUAGUGACAGACAAGAUGGCGGGUGAGCUGGAGAAGACGCCAGAAGCUCCCAACAUGUUCGUGUUCCACAUCUACACCUACAUCCUGGAGCAUGGCCGUGCCAUAGCGGUACUGUGCGACAUGCUGCGCGUGCUAGAGGACAAGUACAGAAGGACCAAGAAGAAGGGGAUAUUCGAGAACGAUGAGAUAUUUGAGCGCGAACAAGCACUAAAGGAAGCAAAGUACAACCACUCAUCCCCGCAGGCGACAGCUCAUGAGGAGUACCUCAAGCGGUGGAGGCGGGAGAGGAAGAGGCUGAUUAGGCUGGAGCGACAGAGGAACAAGGCCUUCGCCACCUUCCGACCUUACAGCAGCACACGGAGAACUACGCCCAAGCGCGGGCCUUGGCCGCUUAUCUACGGUUGGUCUAUCGAGGACUGGUAAAAAUCUGCAAACUGUCUACAAAUAUCACACAAAUAUCAUUAAAUAGUGACUUUAGUCUGUAGAUAUGGUUGUA